AUGCCACCCAGGCAAUACCACCGGCCCCGCGGAUUCUCUACCCCGGGGAAUGAUCCUGCGCCGAUACGGGGACAAUUUCACAACAACUUUACCUAUAGAUACUUUGGUAGCAGGCAGGACUCGUCAAGGAGGAGGAGGCGUGCAGCGGUACCGGUAGCGACAGUGACAGGAGCAAAUAUGGCGGGGAUGGCUCCAAUUCCAGUGGUUCCAAGUGUAGCUGCUCCAGGUGUAGCUACUACUCGUGUAGCCACACCACACAUAUACGUAGCCACUCCACGUGUAGCUACUCCACGUGUAGCUACUCCACGUGUAGCUACUCCGCGCGUAGCCACUCCGCCCGCAGUCGCUCCACAGCCAGUGAGCUCCGAGGCAGCUAUUCUGACGGUAGUUACUCAGGAAACAGCUGCUCUGGAAGAAGAGACUUCGAAAGUAAUUACUCCAAGAACGGAGUCUUCAGGAGAUGAGACUGAAGCAACAGAUGCCACUGAAGGAACAGAGGCCACCGAAGUAGAGCUUGCAGCUCUAGAGACAGAGACCACUAAGGUAGAGCUUCCUACUCUAGAAACAGAGACCAACAAAGUAGGACUCCCUAUUCAAGAAGCAAAGGCCCCCAAGGCGGAGAUUCCAAAAGUAGAAACAAUAGAAGUAACGGCAGCUACGGAACCUAUACCAGUUGAGAGUCCCAUGGAUGGUAUAGAGAACCCCGAAACAGAUGACUCCGCUGUUACAUAUCGUGAGGAAUUCUGGGCGUUUCAUGACUGGGACGAUAUUGAAGAGGAGCUUGCACAGAUUUCUGGAACAUGUCGGGCUCAGAUUGAUGCGAACAAGGCUAGAUAUCUACCAACUUUGCCGGUGAAAAAGGAGCCCCAGGGGACAAAACUGGUUAUACACAAGGAGCCCGUCGAAUUUAAACCGUCAUCCAAGGUACAAGCGGGACUAGGAGCGAUGUACAACAAACUUCGUGGCCCUCCGAAGCGCACCCAAUAUGGUCCCCCACAGCCUUUCCAGCCCGCAAGACAUUUACAGAAUCCACGCCCUCCGUAUCAUCAGCCCCCACCUCCUCCUCAGUUUCCUCCGUAUACUCAGUAUCACCAGCCCUCACCUACUCAAUAUCCUCCGUAUCCUCCGUAUCCUCAAGUUCCCAAUCCUCAGGCUUUCAGUCCCCAGGUCCCCAAUCCUCAGUAUCCUCAGCAGAUGCCAUAUCCUCCACAGACUCCACAAGGAUGGGGUGAUCCACGUCAAGCCCAGUUAGCUAUGAUAAAUAGACAACAUAUUGGACCCCGUGUAGGUUCACAGGCACAGAUACCACCAUCAAUAGCGCCACCACCACCACCACCUCCGACGUUUUUUACCCCACAGCAAGCGAAUAUACAAUUUCCAAUGCUACCUGAAGUUGGCAAGAAUCAUACCCGACAGGAAAAUCUCCCCCCAAUAAUACAUCCUCCCAUGUAUAAUCUGCCCCAGAUGAAUAAUUAUGUCGAGUUGCCAAGUAACAGUGUUGUGACCAUGUUUGACUUUUGGCUAGGCGAUCCCUUUGAUCCACCGAUGAUCGGUGGGGCGUGGGAAAGACUAACCAUCGCAGCGCCUGGAGAAAUGAGACUCUCUACUCUUUUCGAAGAUUACUAUGCGAAGACCCACGGAGAGCUUCACUCGGGUCCCAAUAUCACCAUGUCCCGGCGCCAUAACAGAAUCGCCCCCAGCGCCGAUGGCUGGUCCAACAUCAUAGGCAAAGGGCGCGCCCCCCUCCGGAAGCCCUCAGAGCUCACAAAACCUCACAACACCCUCUCCGACACCCCCACCCCCGAAUACACCACCUGGCACCCCACCGCGACCAAAAAUCUCGCCGCAGCCAGCACCGACCUACACUCCUCCCCGCUCCUGCAAACACUCACAGCAGCGCUCACAACCACCUCCACACGUACACCACGCAUCACCACCGUCGUCGUCCUCGGCCUCGGGAGCCUCCACGGCCCCACCCACACCAGCAGCUUCCUGCAGCUCUCUCUGGCACUAGCACUCUCAACGCUCCUCGCCGCAAAACUCUACCUCCAGGACCCCGCGUUCAGCGCCGCAGAUACACGCUUCCUGACCGAGGAGCUCGGCGCCACGGUGCUCGUGGACCCCGAGGCACAGGCAAGAAUUGGCGCGGAGGCGAUGCUGUUUGCGCCGCAUUUGGAGUAUGAGGUGUUGCAGGGCGCGUUGCGCGCAAGGCCCGGGGUGGUGCUGGCGAACGAUGUGGCGGCGUUUAUGGAUUUGAAGACGAACGCGGCAGCGGCGGCGUAUCCGGAGUUUGUGGAGUGCCUGCGGGAGUGUGAUGCGGUUGUUUUGACGGGCGUGGAUGGGAGCGAGGAUAUUGGUGGUGGGCGGGCGUUUAACCAUACGGCGCUGUAUGUGCGGCGUGGGAAGCCGCUGGUGCAGGCGGUGGGGGAGGCGGGAAAGGAAGAAGAGCAGGUAGCACUAGAAGGCACCGCUAGAAAGAAGAAUAGGAGGAAUAUGAAAAAGAAGGUGAGUGGGGUGGUGGAAGUAGAUGUAGAGGAUGUCGUCAAGGUGAGGGGCAUUGAUAUCAAAGAUCAAAGUUGA